AUGAAGCUUCAAAUGCUAUGGCUCGCUCUGGUAUUAUUAGCCGUCGAAACUAAUGCAGCGAAACAAAUAAAUAACACAUCAAUCCCAGCACUUAUAGUGUUCGGAGAUUCAAUAAUGGAUACUGGUAAUAACAACAAUCUCCCUACUAUUAUGAAAUGCAACUUCCCUCCUUACGGCAAAGAUUUUCCCGGCGGCUCCGCCACCGGAAGAUUUUCUGAUGGAAGAGUUCCUUCUGAUCUAAUUGCGGAAAAGUUGGGAUUGGCUAAGACAUUGCCAGCAUAUAUGAACCCGAAUUUGAAACCUAAUGAUCUUCUUAAAGGUGUAACGUUUGCAUCUGGAGGAACUGGAUACGAUCCAUUAACAGCUCAGAUGAUGUCGGUGAUAUCCGUGUGGGAUCAACUAACAUAUUUCAAAGAAUAUAUUUCAAAGAUCAAACAACAUUUUGGAGAAGAAAAAGCUCAAAAUAUCUUGGACCAUAGUUUUUUUCUCGUGGUUUCUAGUAGCAAUGACCUUGCUCACACUUAUUUACCUCGAGCUCAUAGAUAUGAUCGUACAUCGUAUGCAAAUUUCUUGGCUGACUCAGCAGUCAAAUUCGUAAGAGAAUUACAUAAGCUAGGAGCUCGAAAAAUUGGAGUGUUUAGUGCAGUACCUGUUGGAUGUGUACCACUUCAAAGAACAGUGUUUGGAGGUUUACUAACAAGAAGAUGUAAUGAACCUUUAAACAAUAUGGCAAAACAAUUCAACUCAAGACUUUCUCCAGCAUUGGAUUCUUUAGACAAAGAGUUGGAUGGUGUUAUCCUUUACAUUGAUGUUUAUGAUACUCUUUACGACAUGAUCCAAAACCCUAAAAAAUACGGUUUUGAAGUAGCUAACAGAGGAUGUUGUGGUACCGGUUUAGUUGCAAUAUCGUAUAUGUGUAACUCAUUGAAUCCAUUCACAUGUACUAAUUCUUCGGCCUAUAUAUUUUGGGAUAGCUACCAUCCGACUGAAAGGGCUUAUCAAGUUAUUGUUGACACAUUACUCGACAAAUUUAUAAGCAAAGUGUUGUGA